CUGGAAGAUUGGAGCCCGUGCGUCUCACCCUCUCCCACGAACCCUAGCUAGGCUCUCCACAUCGGCGGCGGCGGCGGCAGAGAAGAAGAAGAAAGAUGAUCUACGACGUGAACUCCCCCCUGUUCCGCUCCUUCCUCAGCCAGAAGGGCGGCGCGUCCUCCGACAAGAGGAAAAUGGAAGAGCAGAAGCCGAAGGACCAGAGGUUCAAGGCCAACGAGAACAAGCCUGUAAUGAAUGAAUGAGCGUCGCCUGGACAGUCCGGUGCCUGCAAGGCCUAGCUGCCAGUCAUGCGACUCCUAUAUGUUAAAAUGAGUGGUGUGAACAUUUGCUUGGUCGUUCUGAAAACUAUCCAAGUAUCCAGUACUGUGUUUUAAGUUCCUACUAGCAAGAUGCCCGUGACAUCAAGAUGCAUUUGUAUGAGUAGUUUAUCUUGUGAGAAAAAAAUGAUGAACGAGGAAAAGCCUUAUUUGCAAA